AUAGUCCAUUUCCAAUACCAAAUGAAUGUAAGGAACCUAAACCAUUGAGAAGAUGGAUCCCAUAUGUUCUCUAAUCCUUGUAACACUUUUUUCUGUUUUCAUGUCCUCAUCAAUUUCUUUAGCAACUUCUACUUCAACCUCUGAAAAUUUCCUCAAUUGUCUCUCAUCAACUAAUUCUAAAGCCACCACCCCAAUCUCUAAAGUUCUCUACACUCCUAACAACUCUUCUUUCUCCCCUAUCUUGCAAUCUACAAUACAGAACCUUAGAUUCCUAUCAUCUAAUACUCCCAAACCUUUGUUUAUUAUCACACCCACUAAUAAUUCCCACAUCCAAGCCGCAGUCAUAUGUUCUAGAAAAAAUGGGUUGCAGAUCAAAGUCCGAAGUGGAGGUCAUGACUACGAAGGCUUAUCUUAUCGAUCUGACGUCCCGUUCAUCAUCGUUGAUCUCCGUAAUCUUCGAUCAAUCAGUGUGGAUACACAACAAAGUACAGCUUGGGUUCAGGCCGGUUCAACUAUUGGAGAAGUUUAUUAUCACAUUGCCAAUAAAAGCAACAUCCUUGGCUUCCCUGCAGGGCUUUGCUCCACCGUAGGUGUUGGUGGGCACAUCAGUGGAGGCGGCAUAGGGACCUUGAUGAGAAAAUAUGGGCUUGCUGCUGAUAACAUUAUUGAUGCUUACAUUGUGGAUGUUAAUGGGAGAAUCCUUGACAGAAAAUCAAUGGGUGAAGAUCUAUUUUGGGCUAUUAGAGGAGGAGGAGGAGCAAGCUUUGGAAUUAUUGUCUCAUGGAAAAUCAAAUUGGUUCCUGUUCCACCUACUGUGACUGUCUUUACAGUCCCAAGAACACUAAAACAAGGUGCAACCAAACUUGUGAGUAGAUGGCAACAAGUAGCACACAAUUUCAGUGAAGACCUCUUUGUAAGGGCAGUGGCAGUAGUUGCAACUGGGGCUACACAACAGGACAGCACAAUCCAAGUUUCAUUUAAUUCUUUGUUUCUUGGAAAUGUUAAGGAACUCCUCCCUUUGAUGCAGAAGAGCUUUCCUGAGCUGGGUUUGGUAGCCAAGGACUGCACUGAGAUGAGUUGGAUCAAUUCUACCCUAUAUUUUUCUGGCUUUACUAAUGGAGAGUCCAUUGAUGUUCUUCUUAACAGGUCUUUACAGUCCAAGAUCUAUUACAAGGCCAAGUCUGAUUUUUUACAACAACCCAUUUCUGAAACUGGGUUGGAAAGUAUUUGGAAAGAGCUUAUAGCAGGAAGUAGCAGCCCAGUGGUAAUCAUAGAUCCUAUGGGUGGAAGGAUGAAUCAGAUCUCAGACACUGCAACACCAUUCCCACAUAGAGCUGGCAACUUGUACAAUAUUCAAUACUAUAUGUAUUGGCAAAAUGGAGGGACUAACACAACAAAUGAACAUUUAGUUAGGAUGAGAAAGAUCUACAAGUUUAUGAGCCCAUAUGUUUCCAAGUCUCCAAGGGCUGCUUAUCUUAAUUAUAGGGAUCUUGAUUUGGGUAGAAGCGAUGUACGUAAUACAAGCUACACGAAAGCUCGUGCUUGGGGUGAUAAGUAUUUCAAGAACAACUUCAAGAGAUUAGCAUCUGUAAAGAGCAUGGUUGAUCCAACCAAUUUCUUUUGGGAUGAGCAAAGCAUUCCACCUUUGAACUUUUGA